GCCGCAGAAGAAGAAAAUACAACAACAGAAGAAGAAGAGAAAGCACACGUGAAACUAGAGAGUGAAGUCAACAAUAGUUUAUUCUAAUAACACCGAGAGUGUGUGUGUGUGUGUGUGUGUGAGUGAGCGAAGCAGUCGCGAUGAGUGUGUGUAUGCCGCAGAAGCGCUACUACCGGCAGAGAGCCCACUCAAACCCCAUGGCGGACCACACCUUCCAGUAUCCGGUGUGUCCAGAGCAGAUGGACUGGUCUCCGCUGUACCCACAGUAUUUCCCUCAGCAGGAGGGGGCUGGAGGAGCGCAGGUGGAGUUUGCAGACAUCGGCUGUGGAUAUGGAGGACUGCUGGUCCAGCUCUCGCAGCUCUUCCCUCAGCAGCUGAUUCUGGGUCUGGAGAUCCGGGUUAAAGUGUCUGAUUAUGUGCAGGACCGCAUUCGCUCUCUGAGAGUGGCAGAACCGGGCCGGUACCAGAACAUCGCCUGCCUGCGCAGCAACGCCAUGAAGUACCUGCCCAACUUCUUCAGGAAGGGCCAGCUCAGUAAGAUGUUCUUCCUCUUUCCGGAUCCUCACUUCAAGAAAACCAAACACAAGUGGCGCAUCAUCAGCCCCACGCUGCUGGCCGAGUACGCAUACACACUACGCGUUGGGGGUUUGGUUUACACAAACACUGAUGUGGAAGAGGUGCACGAGUGGAUCGUCCAACACUUCAGUGAUCAUCCUCUCUUCAGCAGAGUCACGGAGGAGCAGCUGGCUGAUGACAUCAUCAUCGGUCACCUGGGAACCUGCACAGAGGAGGGAAAGAAGGUCCAGAGAAACGGAGGGAGGAACUUCCUGGCAGUAUUCCGCAGAGUGGAGGAUCCACAGACGUGAAGCUCUCGCCUUCAUUAUAUCAGCAUUAGCUCUACAAAUAAACUCAGUUUUUAAUGUUUA